AUGGUGUUGUUCAUUGUGGGGCUGGGCCUCGCCGACGAGCGGGACAUCACCGUCAAGGGCCUGGAUGCGGUGAAGCAGUCGGAGCGUGUGUACCUGGAGGCCUACACCUCGCUGCUGCUGGUGCCCAAGGAGACGCUGGAGGAUUUCUAUGGCAAGGAGGUGAUCGUGGCAGAUCGUGAGAUGGUGGAGAUGGAGGCGGACAAGAUCCUAGAUGGCGCCCAGCAGAAGGACGUGUCGUUCCUGGUGGUUGGCGACCCCUUUGGCGCCACCACCCACACCGACCUGGAGAUGCGCGCUCGCUCCCAGGGCAUCCCCGUGUGCAUUAUCCACAACGCCUCCAUCAUGAACGCCGUGGGCGCAUGCGGACUGCAGCUCUACCGCUUCGGAGAGGCCAUCUCUAUCGUCUUCUUCACAGACACUUGGCGCCCCGACUCCUUUUAUGAUCGGAUCCUCUCCAACCGGCGCUCCGGUCUGCACACGCUGUGCCUGCUGGACAUCAAGGUCAAGGAGCCCAGCCUGGAGAGCCUGGCACGCGGCAAGAAGGUGUAUGAGCCGCCACGCUUGAUGAGCAUCAACACCGCGUUGAAGCAGCUGCUGGAAGUAGAGGAGCGGCGAAGGGAGGGGGCAUACGAGCCCGACACAGUGUGCGUGGGUGUCGCACGCCUCGGCUCGCACUCCCAGCGCAUCGUGGCAGGCAGCAUGCAGGAGCUGCUACAGGUGGACUUUGGGCCGCCGUUGCACUCCUUGGUGAUUGCAGGGGACAUGCAUCCCAUCGAGCAGGAGUACCUGCAGCAAUUCAGGGCGGGCAGCGGUCCAGAUGCAGCAGGAACAGCAGCGCCAGCAGCAGCACUUCAACAAGACUGA